AUGACGGAGAUCAGAGGCGGCGGCGGGGCGAAGCCGAGGCCGAACCUAGGGAGGGAUGACGGUGGGAAGGGCAAGGGGUUGCAGUCCCCGUCGCAGAUGGUGAAGAAGAGGAUCGAUGGCCUUGGGAUUAAGAGCCAGGCUCCCGAUUCCAAGCAGAAGCCCAUCGGAACAUCGAUUAGUAAGCCGUCCGGGGUAACGUCUUUUCCCUCCAUCCCGAUGUGACUAGCGAAUGAAUGAGGGAAUACGCUAUGCUUGCCGACGUGUCAGCGAUUUCUGGCGUCGGAUUCGCGCAGCUAUGUUUGCUUCCUCUUCCUUGUGCAUUUGGGUGUCCAAUUCGGUUCUCAAGUCGCUCUUUCCGAUCUCCUUUUUUAGCAGUUGAUUGAUUUUGUUUUUCCGAUGGUGUUGGUACGGAAUGCUAUACUGUCCGUUGAUUUGCUCCCCACGGAACAUCAGAAGAAAAAUGUCAUAGGUGAACGGUUCCUAGAUUGGACGAGCUUCUCCAUUGUCCUGAUUACUUCUCUGCGAAUGUCGACCUAAGACAUUUCGUUUUUUCCUCUUGCCUUUUCCCUGCUUAUACCUGCCUUUGAUUUCUCCUUGAGACAAUUUUGUUUUAUUCUUUGUUGACGACUCAACUUCUGUUCCUGGCCUCACAUCUCUUCUGCAUCAGUCAUUAUUCUCACAACUGCAGAGUCUCACCCUGCUUCUUCUGUCUUUGCUGUGGUGUGAAGGUAAAGCCACAAACGGCGAUUUCUAGCUCAACAAAGACGAUAGUCAAAACAACCUCGAAAACCACAGCAGUUAGAGCAAGAGCAGAGAAGAAAGUUUUCAGUCUUCCCGGUCAAAAAUACGAUCCACCCGAGGAGGUCUGACACGUAUUAUCCUAAACUAUUUUCUUCCUGUACGCGAAUUACCGGGUACUCAGAAGAUUUUGACAGAUUUUACUGCUCGUUUCAGAGGGAGCCUCUGAGGAUAUUUUAUGAGUCGUUGUCUAAGCAGAUUCCUUCCAGUGAGAUGGCAGAAUUCUGGUGGGUUUCUUCCAAAUCUUCGAAUAUUUUCCUUGCACUUUCACGUAUUACGGGAUUUUUCUAUGAAGUAAUCUAGCUCUUUUCCCUAGGCUUCUCCAUUCAUUAAAUAAUAUGCUUUUGGUAGAUUCUCCGUUCAUAAUUAGUGCAUAAUAUUUUUCUCCGUUCAUAAUUCAGUAUCCUCUUCAGUGAUACUUUAUUAUUGUGGUGUAGUAACCCAAUUUAGUACUGACGGUGUGCAUGGACCAUUUUUCCCUAAAGAUUGUAUGCUGAAACUUUUCUCUUUCGAUCUCAUCAUGCGCUGACCUGGCAGGAGUACAGGAAGUGAUGAGUAGCCUGGCUUUUUACGCGUGGUAACCAUGAGUAAAACGAAUCCUGAAUGACCCAAAAAAAUCCUAACCUGCUGUAUAACAUGAUUUCUAAGGCAUAAAUUAAAGAUUUAUUGAGCGAAAAUCCUUGAAUAUCAACCAUUAGUUUGCGGCUUGCUAUGAUGUCACUACCUACAUGAUACAGACUGAUUAAGGGUUAUUUUGGACUAUCUGAUUGGAACUCUCCCAUUGAAGAACCAGUCUCCCCAUCAGUUCAUUCCUGAUUUUGCAGCACACAAACAGAUAAAAUAAGAAAAUAUAAUCAUAAGAAGAGCACGCUUCCCUGGCCCUUGAAUUAGUGCAGUGAGAGUUGCAGUGCUAUGUUCCUUUUAACUCCUCUGAGGCAUCACUUUCUAGUUGCAAACUUAAGAGCUUGUCAGGCAUGGGAUAAGGUCUCCGGUUAACCACUUCUUUGAGAUAUCUUUUAAAGGAAUUCUAGUCGUCAAAGCAGUCCUAUCCAAGUAUCUAUCAUCCCCUCUUUCCAAAAUACGCAAAGUAUUUUGUAUCGGCACGGAUUCUUUUGAGGACAGCAGGAUCCUUGCUUCUUGAAGACAAUGUCACAGUAUUUAAUUUCCCAAAUUCUUUUACAGCAUCGAGCCCAAAGAUGUUACUUGGUGAACAAGUGCUAUGAAUGCAUUAACACCAGAGUUUAGCUGUGGUGAGUCAGUAGUAAGAAGGUAAAAACAGAUUAAUACAAAUGUAAAAGCUGAAGUUGCCUAGUAACGAGAAACAAGGGCACUGUUGGUGAAUUUUGAGCCACGUACUUGAUUGAUGCUGGGAUUUUAAUGGCGGCAUCAGAGUCAAUCAUACAACGGUCAAGGUCUACCUUGAAGGAACCACAUUGCUGAACUUCGUGAAUAAUAUAAUAGGGAAUUUUUUUACUGAUUUUCGUAGGUCAUUCAUUAGGUUCAAGCUUAUCUGUGUCUAUUUUUUUUCUUUCAAGGAGUAUUUAAGGUCCAUUUUCGAACCUAGGGUAUCCCAAGCGUUAUUUUGCCUACUUUAUAGAAGUUUUAAGGCCAAAAUUCUAGCCCAUUAGUUAUGGAAGCUGUUGAGAUUUGUCUAAGUCAGAUCUAAGAGCGCCCCUUCAAAGGCCUACUAUAAAUAGUAGCCUGAACUUGAUGUCAGGAGACUGUCUUUCAGAAAUGAUUUUUUUUGCUCUAAGCUCUUUCUCCAAUAUACUCCUUGAAAGAAGGUCCUUCUCUGGUGUGAAUUGAACCCCCAAAGCAUGAAGCUAAGGGUUAUUUUGUCCUUGCUGGAUCCUCACCAUCCCUCAAGAGGAGCACACUUUGUGGGCCGUUUGUUCCAAGAUCGUCAGCUGCAAGUCUCUGCCCACGGGUUCAAGAUAUAAUUGUUGCCAAUCCUAUCCUGGACCUUUCAUCUAACUUACUAUUGAAGAUUCAUUGUUUCUGGUUGUACUCGUGCCCAAGUUCCCAGAAUUCCUACCCCCAUGUCCCCUAUUCUAGCCCACCUUUUACACAUCAUAAGUAACCAGCUUAGUCAGUGGACGUUUCCAUGCUUCCCCUAAAUAUUGCUUUGAAAGCCAGACACAUUGCUUAUGACCUUCACUGCCAGCAUAACUCUAUUGUGACUACUCAAAGAGGAUGGUUAUAUAGUCGGUCGAUCAUCAUUUAAAUUAAUAUUUGCUGAUUUCUCUUAAAAUCAGAUACAUGCAUGGCGUAUCCUAUAUAUAGACUGAUUCACGCUUGGUAAGCAGUAGGGAACACACUCCCUUACCUCAAAAGUAAACAAAAUGAACAGAGCACUUACUUGUUGCAAUUCACUUUUCGUAGAUAUAAAUCCCCAAUCCCGUUCAACUACGAGAUCAUGGGUGAGAAUACAUUUAUGGGAAGUUAAUGCAUUUUCAGGUUGAGUUACAGAAGGAAAAUAUUCUUUAAUGGAGAAAGUAAAGCUGUGGAGAAUCAUUUCUGUUAUGGAAAUUUUCUUGCCAAUAUAUCCCAGCUGCAGGAUCAAGAGAACGUCAGAUUACGAUGGAUUAAGAAAAGGAGAGUGAAGCUGUAGUUUAAUGAUGAAAAUCGUGACGAGGAAGGUAGAAAACUCAGAUCUAUAGGCUAAUCCCGCUGACUGAAAUACUUAGAUUGCGUAUUGGAGGAGAAAAUAGUAGAGAAAAUGAAAAGAUCAGCCUUUUCGAUGUACUAGGAUGUGUAGAAAGCGAGUGGAGCAUAGUUCAAGAUCUUUCAUUUUCUGGAGAAAAGUCGUGACGAAAUUAGUGAUUGAAGCACAGCUAUGUCAGGCAUAAUUCAAGAUAUUUAAUGCCCUUUAACUUAAUGAAUAGUGAAUGAUGUAUGAUCUUCAUUUUGCGGAUGAAAAAUCCCAAAUAUUCAUUCUUUAACUUAAUGGAUAACUGUAUAUAUAUAUAUAUAUAUAUAUAUAUAUAUAUAUAUAUAUACAGUACGUAUGAGUAGAAGGCAUCUCACAAGACAUUAAAAAUGCUAUUGGUUAGAACGACAAGUGAUCCAUAGUAGUUUCUCACCACUUCCAUGCUUAGAUAUCACUAAAUAUCGGCACCCAUUUCUAAUUUUAUGUUUGAAAAUACAUAUGGAAUUCAUCUUCUGUAUGUUUAUAUUUACUUAUUAAGGAAGAGUAGUGUAAAAAACUCAAGUCUUUUCAUGGAUUUAUACCUCUUAGUUUACAGUAAAGUUUAUUUACGUACUUCCCAUGACAAAUUAUUGACCGCAAUGUUUUACAGAAAACUAGUUAUUUUCAUGGAUUUGUUCUCUAUUUUUGUACUUUGGCUGAACAGAAAUGAUUGAUGGCUAAAUAUUUGUGCGCUCAUAAUAAUAAUAAUAAUACUAAUAAUAAUAAUAAUAAUAAUAAGGCUGUUAAACAGUUUGGCUGCAGUCUACUUUUCUUAUCAAAAAAAUAAUUUUGUGCCCAGGAUGAUGGAACAUGGCAUGCUAUCCGCUGACAGAGCAAAAAGAGCGUAUGAGAAGAAGCAGAGGCGGCAGCAACAGCUAAGAACUGGUACGCCAAUCAAAUCCCCAAAGCUGGAGAGGCCAGAAAGCUCAAAGAAACCGCCUGUCCCGAAGAACGGAGACAUCAAGGCUAAGAAGAGAGUCAACUACAGUGACGACGACGACGACGACGAGUUCAUCAUGAAGCUCAAGAAAACGAGGAGCUAA